CUCUUCCUUCAUUAGAGGUUAGUUCAGUUGUUGAGAAAUUGGAUUCGUGUUUUUGAGAAAAUUCACAAAUUUGUUUACGCAUUCGUUCGUAGUUUUGUGUCUGAAUUUAUAAGUUUAGGAUUCGCUAUGGACAUCGAUGUCGGACCAGUUGAUCCGUCUGUUCUCUACGAACAAGAUCUCCAUGUUUCUUCUGCUGUUUGGGAAGGACAGGAACGAGGUCUUCUUCGUUGUCAAGAACACACUUCAUUACUUCAUCAAUGGAAACUCACUGACGAACAAAUUAAGCUCGUGGACAAAGCUGGUUUCGGAUUCUUCCGCAAAAUCGGUCCAAUGAGUCUAAACAAUUCACUAAUCUCUGCACUCGUUGAGCGUUGGAGAAGAGAAACCAAUACUUUUCACCUUCCUUUAGGAGAAAUGACUAUAACCUUAGAUGAAGUUGCUUUAGUACUUGGACUUGAGAUUGAUGGAGAUCCAAUUGUUGGUUCUAAAGUAGGAGACGAGGUUGCUAUGGAUAUGUGUGGUAGACUCUUAGGGAAGUUACCAUCUGCUGCUAACAAAGAAGUUAAUUGUUCGAGGGUUAAGCUUAACUGGCUUAAAAGAACUUUCUCUGAGUGCCCUGAAGAUGCUUCUUUCGAUGUUGUUAAAUGUCAUACUCGAGCUUAUCUCUUGUAUCUUAUUGGUUCUACAAUAUUUGCUACCACUGAUGGUGAUAAAGUCUCUGUUAAGUAUUUGCCUUUGUUUGAGGAUUUUGAUCAAGCUGGAAGAUAUGCUUGGGGAGCUGCUGCAUUGGCUUGUCUUUACAGAGCGCUUGGUAAUGCUUCGCUUAAGUCUCAGAGUAACAUUUGCGGCUGCUUGACAUUGCUACAGUGUUGGAGUUAUUUUCAUCUUAAUAUCGGUAGACCAGAGAAAUCCGAAGCGUGUUUUCCGCUUGCUCUUCUGUGGAAAGGUAAAGGCAGCAGAUCUAAAACCGACCUAUCUGAGUACCGCAGAGAACUAGAUGAUCUUGAUCCAAGCAAGAUCACUUGGUGCCCAUAUGAAAGAUUUGAGAACUUGAUCCCACCACAGAUUAAAGCCAAGCUGAUCCUAGGGAGAUCAAAAACGACUCUUGUAUGUUUCGAGAAAAUAGAGCUACAUUUUCGUGGCAAUGUGGUCGAUGAUGGAGCGUACAUGGAAUGGUAUGCUCGGAUUAGUAUCACCAAACUUUAUCGAGAAGCGUUUCUCGAGUCCCAAGUCAUGAAUAUGAUUGCUUGUAUGAGGGAAUUUGAGGAGACUGCUUCAAGGAUUUCGAUGGAGAGAUUGUCUCCGGUCGAGAGGGAAGUGAUGGAGAGUGUGAAGGAUACAAUCUCUAAUAACUUGACGUUUGGAGGAUGGCAAGAAGUGGCUGUUAAUAGUGGUUAUGGGAAGCGCAGGCGUCGGAAUGAACAAACUCCAACAAGUGGUAAUGAUAUUUCAUCUCUUCUGCUUCAAAAGGACACAUGAAUCUUUUUUUAUGUAUUAGAUUUAUUUUUCAUCUAUGAAACGUUGCAGUGUAUAUAUACUAUAGCCAAAAACUUAUCUCAUACAAUAGCCUCUAACUCUGAAUUUCGGCCAAUGGCACAUAGAACAAGAUGCAAAGGAAUGGUUAGGUUCAAAGGACUA